AUCUAAAAGCAUCAUUCGCGUGCAUAAAAUAAAUGAUUAAGAUCUUAGUAUAACAUCGUUCGCAGCAGUCAACAAAAUAUUGCUCAUCAUUUCUCCGUUUGUAUCGAGAAAAGAGGAAGAAGAAGCUGGUCGGUCUAACUGCAGGUUUUCUCUGAUGUCUUUCAGAUUCCUUGAUCACAAUGCAAGGAAUUCCAUCACAAAACCCUAAUUCUAACUCUACACUGAAUCCUCAAAAUCAAUUUCAAAUGCCAACUAUUUAUCCCCAUUAUUACCCUCCUCCUCAUCAAGACCCACUUACUCAAAUCCCUAAUCCUAAUUAUACAAUCCCCUCUUCAUCAUCAUCGCAAUUACCAGUAUAUGCAUCUUGUAUACAACCACCUGGAGUUGAAUCAUCUAAUUUUAUAAAUACAUAUCAACUUCCACCUCCUUCACGUUCUUGUUAUGAAGCUGCUCAAGCUGCUGCUGCUGCAGCUUAUCAACAACAAAUCCAGGAGUGGCAAGCAGCUCAUCUUCAUCACAACCCACAUGCUGCUGCUGUUUCCCUGACUACGACUGCGGCUACAUCGAUGGGUACAUCAGUGCCAGCAGUUGCUCCAACUCUUAACACGUCCGCUCAAUGGACCUACCCGGCGGUUCAACCUUGUGUGAACAGUACUGCUCUUAACAAGGGGUUAAAGAAAAACAAGAAAACCAAGGUCGUACAAUCUGCAUACUGUGAAGUCUGCAAGAUUGAUUGUACCAGCAGGGAUACACUUGCAAAUCACAGAUCAGGAAAGAAACACAAGAAAAACCUGGAGAAAAUCAAAGAAGCUAAGCGAAUUGCAGUUCAACCUCCUCAGGUUAUCGUCCCCCCUCCAAUCGUACCUUCACCAACACCUCUUCAUGUUAUUGUCCCCCCUCCAAUCGUUCCUUCACCAGCACCUCCUCCUCCAAAUGUGGUUACAGCUCCUGUUGUUGGUCCACAAGGGAAGUCAUCAAAAAAGAAGAAAGCAGCAUUGUCAUCAAAAGAGAGCUUGGACACUAAGAGAAGGAAGCUUUUGGAAGGCGGUACAGCAGUUGAAGCUGUUAGGAUUUGCAAGGUAUGCGAUGUUAUAUGUAAUAGUCAAACUGUUUUCCAUUAUCAUCUUGCUGGGCAGAAACAUGCUACCAUGGUUAAGAAACUUACAGCAGCAGGAACAAUUGUAACUUAAAGUCGGAUCAAUAAUAUUUAUCUUGUUAUGUUUA